AUGGAUCAACCGGUCACUCCGGGGCGCACGACGCCCCCGCCGCGGCCCACGCCGGCGCCCGCGCGCGCGGCGCACAAGCGCAGGGGCCCCACCGCGAAGAUACCAUUUGCUGCGACGCGAGGCGUGGACGUGGACGUUCCUUCGGCGUCGGCGUCGGCGGCGACGGGCGCGCGCGAGCCGCCGAUACCGAGCCGCGUGCUCGUCGUCGGCGGCGGGCGGGUCGGCGCCUACCUCGCCAGGGCGCUCAAGGACGGGGGCGUUCCGCACGUCGUCCUCAAGAUGUCCAACCGAAACCGGGCGCGCGUCCACGCGCCGGGGAAAACCGAGCCGCGCGGGGACGCGGUCGAUCCGACGAGGACGGGCGCGACGGCCAUCGCGACGCACGCCGGAGCGACGUGCGUGACCGCCUACGAAGACCUCCCCGAGGUUUGCGACGGUCACGAGUCGCGCGCCCACUUCGACCUCGUCUUCGUCGCGGUCAAGACGUACGCCCUGCGCGCGGUCCGCGAGGAGAUGGAAGCAUCGCACGUGACGUUCGACGCGAUCGUCGCGGCGCACAACGGCAUGGUGGAACCCGUGUUCGACCCGUCGUUAACCGCCAGGGCGUCGAUGCCGCAGUCCUGGGACAUCGUGAAGGACGACGGUGAGCCGUGCGGGUACCGCAUGGUGGUGCGCAACGAGGACAAGCCGUGGGUCCUGCCGGCUACGACGAUUGGGGAGCGCUUCGCGUCGGUGCUCGGACGGUGCGGAAUCCGCGCCGUCGCCGCGCCCGAUUUCGAGUACCUCCUCCUCGAGAAGUACUUCAUCAACGGCGUCGCUAAUCUCCUCUCCGUCGUGGGCGACGUCAACUGCGACGGCCUACUCGCCAACCGCGGUUUAACCGCCAGGGCGCAUCGCCUCUUCGACGAGAUGAUGGACGCGCUCGCCGUAGACCACGCCGCCGGCUUGGCCCUCGCCCCCGCGAACUUCCGCGACGUCGUCUUCGCGAAAGUCGCGUCGUACGGCGCGCACUACCCCAGCAGCAAGCAGGACUUCGACGCGGGGUGUGCGCUGGAGAUCGAUUCGCUCAACGGGUACGUCGUGAAGAGAGCGAGGGUGAACGGAUUGAUCGCGACGGAAAACGAGGCGCUCGUGAACGAGGUGCGGCGAAUGGUCGAGGCGAGGGACGCCGCGAGGGACGCCGCAGCCGUCCCGACGAGCGCGUGAGGGGGACGUCUAACGUACGUCAUAGCCCUCGAACCGACGGACGGGGGUCAGAAAGCCUGACCCGCCGACGCCGAGGUCCAAACUCGACCUGCGGUUAAAGUUAAACUUUGUACAGGUACUACGGAAUAUGUGAUGA